AUGAGAGGGGUAUCACCAUCGACUUUAUAUAGCCGCCCAAGUGAUGUAGCAUCUAAUUUUAAAUUCAACCCAUAUACAACACAAACAACAAGUGAAGAAAGUAGUAGCCACCCUAGUAGUGUUGCAUCUAAUUUUCAGUUCAAUCCAUAUACACCACAAACAACAACAAGUGGAGAAAGUAGUAGCCGCCCUAGUAGUGCUGCAUCUACAACGGCAGAUAUCAUACAUUCAGCUAUAGUUAACUCUGAUAUCAAUAGUGAUUUCUUUGGAUCUGAUGUACAAUAUCUUAAUUAA